UGAAAUUUGAGGAAGUGACCCGUAGAGCACAAGAACAAUUUCAAAUGGCUUUAGAAGAACAGAGCAGAUUUGCAUUCGAUAUUGAUCUUGAUGCCCCAAAAGUUAGAGUUCCUCUCAGAACUAGUGGUUCAGACAGAUGUGAUAGUCAUUUUCUUCUGGAUUUUGGUCAUUUUACUCUGCACACUGCGGAAAGCCAGUCUGAUGAGAAGAGGCAGAAUCUUUAUUCUCGGUUUUACAUAUCUGGACGAGAUAUUGCUGCUUUUUUUACUGAUUGUGGCUCUGAUUUCAGGAGUUGUAGUUUGGUGAAACCAAGUUAUGACAGUCAAAUAAUGAAUUCACCUAUUUCUGAAAAAUAUGAAAAUGUAUAUUAUCUCAUUGAUAGGUGUGGAAUGGCAGUACUUGUGAAUAAGGUUUGUUUUUUAUAAACUUAUAGCCAAACU